AUUUCUUUUCCCCAUUUUAUAUGCAAAGCGAGGCUUAUGAAUCCCAGAGCCUCCAGCUACUAAGACUGACACCAAAUUCCCUCCCCCCCCCACAACACACCCCCAAAUUCCUCGGCUAUUUGUUUGAAUACCUGCUUACAGUGCUGCACAAUGGGGCAGCUUUGAGAGAAAAAUUGAUAAUCUUCACGGAAGAGUAAUUUGAAUGAAAUUACACUUGACAGCCUGUCUCCCAGCAAACAAGGGGAGUGAGGGAGCUUCAACUAAGCUCUGAGGACUUGCCUUGCCCACUGCUUUUUGGAGCUUCCCAGGAAAAGAGGAGGAACGAACGGCGCACAGCCACAGUUUCUCCCAACAUCUAAUUGAAGCUUCUGAUUAAAUUCUCUGCACCACCGUAUAGUGAAGAAAGGCAAUCAUGGAAGAGAAUAUGGAAGAAGGACAGACACAGAAAGGGUGUUUUGAGUGCUGCAUUAAGUGCUUGGGGGGUAUUCCCUAUGCCUCCUUGAUUGCUACCAUCUUGCUGUACGCUGGCGUUGCUCUCUUCUGUGGCUGUGGCCAUGAAGCCCUCUCGGGAACUGUUAACAUUCUGCAAACCUAUUUUGAGAUGGGAAGAUCUGCUGGGGAUACCAUCGAUGUCUUUACUAUGAUUGACAUUUUCAAGUAUGUGAUCUACGGUGUAGCAGCUGCCUUCUUUGUGUAUGGAAUUUUGCUGAUGGUGGAAGGAUUUUUUACGACUGGUGCCAUCAAAGAUCUCUAUGGAGAUUUCAAAAUCACCACUUGUGGCAGAUGUGUGAGCGCUUGGUUCAUUAUGCUGACAUAUGUUUUCAUGUUGGCCUGGCUUGGAGUCACAGCUUUUACCUCUCUGCCUGUUUACAUGUACUUCAACAUGUGGACCAUCUGCCGAAACACCACGUUAAUGGAAGGAACAAAUCUUUGCUUGGACCUUCGUCAGUUUGGGAUUGUGACAGUUGGAGAGGAGAAGAAGAUCUGUACCAUGUCUGAAAAUUUCCUGAGGAUGUGUGAAUCUACUGAGCUGAACAUGACAUUCCACUUGUUUAUUGUGGCCCUUGCUGGAGCAGGAGCAGCAGUCAUUGCUAUGGUUCACUACCUUAUGGUUCUGUCUGCCAAUUGGGCCUAUGUGAAAGAUGCCUGCCGAAUGCAAAAGUAUGAGGACAUCAAAUCAAAGGAGGAGCAAGAGCUCCAUGAUAUUCACUCUACCCGUUCUAAAGAACGACUCAAUGCCUACACAUAAGAAAACCACCAUCUCCCUCCUUUCUAACGUUUGAAUGCUUUCUUGUUUAACUAAAGGCCAUCCAAACCAUUUCUAAGCAAAACAAAAGUGCUUCUCAAAAAUAAGAUAGGUGGGGUGACUGGUGAAUCAUCCGAGUCUUUCUUGUUAAGCACUUCUUUUCCUAAUUAGUUAAUUUUGUGUGAUUGUAUUCUCUCCUACAAAGCUCCUAUCUAGCCUUUCCUGAAUCCUCUCCAACUAAUUAGUUCUGUCAGAUCAAAUAUACUAAUAUUGUCAAAUAUGAAGAUUUGUUUGAUUUUUUAAAUCAUUUUGUAUGUGUUAUGCAUAACACCUUUUGCAUUGUUUCCUAUGUUUUUGAAAAGAAAAAAAAAUAGCUUUUUUAUACUUUUUAGUUUUGAUUUCAGUAACUACAGGUAUACUUCAAAGGGACCAUUGUUGUACAAUACGUACAAUAUUACAGAGAUGACACAAUGAUGACUUUCCUUGAAAUCUGAAGCUCUUGCCAGAUGGACCAAUCACCAUCUUGACUGCAGGCCCUCGGUAAUGUUUUCAACAACUAAAGGUGCAAUUUCUAAAUUUAUAACAGUAGGUAAAAAAAGUGCUUCUUAUCUUUGUUAACAUUGUAUUAUUCUUGAUGUAUUUAAAGGGUAUUUCUCUCAAAGUUUUAUUGGUGAUUUUUCUUGUUUCUGUUGUGAGCAUGUAGACAGUGAUGCUAAUGCAUGGCUACUUGCCUUUUUCAAGGAUGUGACACCAUGAUUACCUUUUAAAGAUAGAGUAUAUAGACAAUUGUUAAUGGAAAUAGCUUGCUGCCAAAUUAAAUAAUUUUUGUGAUCUGACCGAUGGCUAGGCUGAAUGAAGUGUGAUUAAUGUGUUAAUGUUAGGAUUUACUACAUUACUACAUAACUACAAUUAUAAAAAUAAUAUAUCAGAAAUAUACAGCACUUUUACCCCUCAGAAGUAUUUUUACCUGCUUUAAAAAUUUUAAUGGAUUGCACCUCCGUGAACGUUACUUAAAACUGUGUAUGAAAUAUUGUAAAGGCUUCCAUAAACGUAAUAGCUUUGCUUGCAGUUUUCUGAAAUCUAUCAAUUUACCUGUAGUAUGCUUAAAGUGAGGUCAGAAGCCGCUAUGGAACUUACUGUUUGGAAACAUAUACUAGAAUUGGAGUUUUAGUUCAAGUAAACCAAUUUCAACUGAAAGGUCAGUCAUAUUCAUUUCAAAGAAGUACCUGUCAUCAAGAUUGGAAAAAAGAAAAAUAAGCACUCAGUAUUACUGGACCAAAUUUGGUGUUCGUUUUCGUUUUUAUUUUGCCUCUUUCUAAUGCUACAAGAAUGCUGUAAAGUGUCUUUUAAAUUGAUGUAGCCUGGCAAGACAUUUUUGUCAGUGUCAAAAAAUCCUAGAUAGUUUUGUGCACUUCUUGAACCAUUGUGAAAUUCUCUCUCAGUAUAAGUGCAUUUCUAAUAAAGGUUCAUGACUAAACAUCUUUGUACAAUAACUAACCAUGUAUCACCAGUGAACUUUAAAAUCUCGUAGUAGGUGGGGGUGGGGGGUAUUACUCUAGUUAUCUGUGGCAUGGUCCUGCAUUUCGUAGUAUUAGAUGAUUGAUUUGGGGUUGGUUUUGGAUUUGGGUUUGGGGUGAUUUUUUUUUUUUACACUUAGGCUAUCUUACCGGAUCAACAGUUUUCUGAUAUGUGCAGUAUUACAGUUCUUCAACAGCAAAAAGAAGUAUUAUGAACCUCCUUCUGAUUCUCUGUUGUAGUGUUUCAGUUCUGUGUCUUAAACAGUUUGUGAUAAUUUUUAAAACUGUCUUUUAAACUCAUGUAAUGAUGUUGAUGCUUUUGGCUUUUCUCUGGUAUUAGUUUGUAUUUUCACAAAGAAUGCUUUGUAGCAGGCAUUACAAUUAAUCUGUUUUGUACAUAAAUGUGCCAACAGCUUGAUGGUGGCGUUUUUGAAAUGUAGAACAAAGUGCUUGCGAAAUGUAAUAAACACACUUGUGUACUUUGUGUAUUUA